CGUGUGGUGGAUGAUGCUUGAGCACAUAGCGGGUACGGUGCCGCUACCGUGCCGCACUCGCACUCAGCCCUCUCCGCUCUCACCCACUGACGUGUUUUGCGCAUUUCCUGCAGCAACCUUCAGACACACACAGUCGGGAGAAAAAGAGGCAGGUCUGAAGGGAACCGAGUAUACAGACGGAUCCCGGGAGAAGCGAAAGAGUCCGGAACCUAUAAAAACCGUUCUCGUGUCUUGAUUGAACGUAAAGACGGACAACUUUCCUCGCGGAGGAGAUCUGGCUGGACAGACGCAUCCCGUGCUCCAGCCAGAAGAGGGAACAUGAGAGAGGAUCGCGGAUCGCUCUCAGGACAUAAAGCUUUUAUUUCUGGCACAUUUUAAGGUGUGUUAUGCUGGUUCGUUGCAUCUAUCCAACUUAUCUCGCCAGGGGUGUUUGGAGACAUCACAUGUAGGGUGUUCAUAGAUCACCCGCUCCCUUUCGGCUCGGAUCUCCUUGUAGUAAAUACAAAUCGCAUGCGAAGAAGAAGGGCAUUGAAAGUGGUUUCAUUAGGACAAAAACCAGUCGUGGACGGUGAGAUACACCAGUUGAAGUAUUAACUAGUGGAAUAUUGUCGGAAAAGUGGCUGACAUCGUUACGCCAUGGUGGUUUUUAACGGUCUGUUGAAGAUUAAGGUCUGCGAGGCUCUGGACCUGAAGCCCACAGCCUGGUCCCUCAGACACGCCGUCGGACCCAAGACGCAGACCUUUCUGCUGGACACGUACAUCGCCCUCAACGUGGACGAUUUUCGCGUGGGUCAGACCUCGACCAAACAGAGGACGAACAGUCCCGCCUGGCACGAUGAGUUUGAGACAGAGGUACACGACGGCCGGAAGAUCGAGCUGUCGGUGUUUCACGACGCGCCGAUUGGCUACGACGACUUUGUGGCCAACUGCACCAUUCAGUUCGAGGAAUUGCUGCAAAACGUCAGCAAACACUUCGAGGACUGGAUAGACUUGGAGCCAGAGGGAAAAGUUUAUGUUAUUAUUGACUUGUCUGGAUCAUCCAGUGAAGCAGGAAGACGCGAGAAUGAGGAGCGCGUGUUCCGUGAGCGCAUGCGUCCCAGGAAGAGGCAGGGAGCAGUCCGGAGGAGGGUGCAUCAGGUCAACGGACACAAGUUCAUGGCCACAUACCUGAGACAGCCCACCUACUGCUCGCACUGCCGUGACUUCAUCUGGGGUGUGUUAGGAAAGCAGGGCUAUCAGUGCCAAGUGUGCACCUGUGUGGUUCAUAAACGCUGUCAUGAGCUGAUCAUCACUAAAUGUGCAGGUCUGAAGAAACAGGACGACACCACAGAGGAGGUGGGCUCACAGCGCUUCAGCGUCAACAUGCCUCAUAAAUUCAGAAUACACAACUAUAAAGUCCUCACCUUCUGCGACCACUGCGGCUCAUUGCUGUGGGGCCUACUGCGGCAAGGCCUUCAGUGCAAAGUCUGUAAGAUGAAUGUACACAAACGCUGUGAAAGCAAUGUAGCUCCUAACUGUGGGGUGGACGCCAGGGGCAUCGCUAAGGUGCUGGCCGACCUUGGAGUCACUCCAGAUAAACUCUCCGGCAGCGUUCAGAGGAGAAAAAAGAUCUCUCACGGUCCAGAGCCACACCCCUUACCCAUCUCCACAAAGAUUAAAGAGGACCGAUCCAAAUCGGCACCCACCUCACCGUGUGACCAGGACAUAAAGGAUCUGGAGAACAUCAGAAAGGCGCUGUCGUUGGAACAUCGAGGCGAUGACCUGAAUACGGCUCCGUGUUCCUCUUUGAACGAGGCAGAGACAGAGGGCUCGGAAGAGAAAAGAGAGAACGGGGAGCUGAGGACGGUCCAGGUCAAGCGCAUGACUCUGGAGGACUUCUCCUUCAUCAAAGUGCUCGGGAAAGGAAGCUUCGGCAAGGUGAUGUUGGCUGAGUUAAGAGGCACAGAUGAGGUUUACGCAGUGAAAGUGUUGAAGAAAGACGUCAUUCUGCAGGAUGAUGACGUGGACUGCACUAUGACUGAGAAACGCAUCCUCGCCCUGGCUAGAAAACACCCUUAUCUGACCCAACUCUUCUGCUGCUUUCAGACUAAGGACCGUUUAUUCUUCAUCAUGGAAUAUGUCAACGGUGGAGACCUUAUGUUUCAGAUCCAGCGCUCACGCAAGUUCGAUGAAGCUCGCUCCCGGUUUUACGCCGCCGAGGUGACCUCAGCUCUCAUGUUCCUGCACCAAAACGGGGUCAUUUACAGGGAUUUGAAACUAGACAACAUUUUGCUGGACGCAGAGGGUCACUGUAAGCUGGCAGAUUUUGGCAUGUGUAAGGAGGGAAUUCUGGACGGCAUCACAACCACAACGUUCUGUGGCACGCCAGAUUACAUUGCCCCAGAGAUCUUGCAGGAGCUGGAGUACGGCCCGUCAGUGGACUGGUGGGCUCUAGGUGUGCUCAUGUACGAGAUGAUGGCUGGUCAGCCUCCAUUUGAAGCAGAUAAUGAGGACGACCUCUUUGAGUCUAUUCUCCAUGAUGACGUCCUUUAUCCCGUCUGGCUCAGCAAAGAUGCUGUCAGCAUCCUCAAAGCGUUUAUGACAAAGAGUCCCAGUAAGCGACUGGGUUGCGUUGUGUCUGAAGGACUUGAGGAAGCUAUUAAAGUACAUCCAUUCUUUAAAGAGAUUGAUUGGGUACUGCUGGAACAGAGGAAGAUCAAGCCGCCGUUCAAACCACGCAUUAAAACCAAAAGAGACGUCAACAAUUUUGACCAGGACUUCACCCGCGAGGACCCGGUGCUCACGCCAGUAGAAGACGCCAUUAUAAAACAGAUCAACCAGGAAGAGUUCAAAGGCUUUUCCUACUUUGGCGAAGAGACCCUGUCUUAAACCGUAAACCCACGACUCCGGCGCUGUAUUGAAUGCCUUGAGUUCACUGCAUUACCAAGAAUAUGAUGUUUUAGUUUGAAAAAGAGAAUCAAUAUUUCCUGCUGAACCACUUGAAGACUGAUAAGUAAUCUUUAUUUAAUGGGUGUGAAACACUGAGCUUGUGAGUGCAGUUGAGCCGUAAAGAAAAAGGUUAUUUCUCGCAAAUAGUUUGUUUAUUGGAAACCUUGGAGAAGGUCAUUUCACUUUCCAUUUAUUUUCCCAGAAUCCUCUUCUUGAAGUCUCCAUGAACUCAGCACAUAUACUGUAUGUCUGUUUGGAAAUGCAAAAAACAAAUGUAAAGAACCAAUGAUUGUAUCGGAAAUGAUGACCGUGUGUUGGGAAUAUUAACACUCAACGCUCUGAUCACAUGAUGAUAGCCAGUGAUUGGAGGGUACUAGAAUGGUGAGGCACAGACAAGGAACUGCCUGUCAUGUGACCACCUCACAUUUCUUGAAAUAGCAGUGUUGAUGAACUCAUAUUGUGUUUGGGUGUGUGUUUUAUUAAAUUACUGGAUUGUCUUGUUGCUAGGAUUUUACAUAGGUGGAUCACUGCAACGCAACAAGACUCAUGAAUGGGUGAGGGCAGUAGCCAAUCAUGUCUCUCUGAUUGUUAGCCUGUGAACUUCUAGACUAAUCAUCUAUUGCAUGGUUAUGCGUAUGAUAUUAUUGUGUAUUACUAGAAAUUGUGCAAUACUUUGUGUACGUGCAACGGUCUGGCAUUCCGAUUUAUUUCUCUGAUUUGACCAAUGUACACUUAUAAUUGUACACCUGGUUGUUGGAUUGUGAAAACGUGUGAUAUAAAGGUCCUUUAUUUUAGUCCUUCUGCUGCCCUGUUCUUCGUACAGUCUAGUUAGACAGGAGACCAAUAUAAACUUAAGUGGCAAAAAAGUUUGAGGCAACUUAAACAUUCUGAUCAGGCAAAAAAAAAGAGUUUUUUUUGUUGAUUAUGAAGUGCUUGGUUUUGCAUCUGCUUUUGUCGUUUAAAUUAAAAAAGUUCUCGGAUGACUGUUAAGGUUACAGGUUAAUUGAAAGCAUUUUAUGGUUAUUAUAAAAACAUUUCAUUACCGAUAUCUUUUAUUUUUUUUACAAAUAUUUAUUUUUUUAUGUAAAUUCCCUGCUAUCUUCUCUUGCCAACACCAUGCUUUGUUGAUGGUUUCUAAUGUAUAUUUCACAGUUCACAGUCAGCUUGAUUUCUGUCAUUCGUGUCUUUAUUUUCACUUGUCUUGUCUUCUAAAAGCAUGUUUGGCCUCAGCUGUGCACUACUGAGCUGACGUUUAUUCGCCCUCACAGGGACUGGAUGGAGUCCACUAACAGGAGCUUCACGGCGCAUCUCCUGCCAAAUACCUGUGCCCUGAUGCACACUUCACAAUGUAAUUUUAGACUUAAUGAGUGAUGUGGAGGUUUUUUUUCUUUAUGGGAUGGGGGGCAGCUUUCGGUUUGUUUUUGGUAUGACUUUACUUAGGAAACACUUUGAUAAUUUCCAGCUAAACUAAAACAAACUCAUGCCUGAAAAAGUACCUCGCUGGUUAAAUUGUGAAUCUGUGUAUCUCAACGGACUACAUACAGUAUUUGUAAAUAAGAAGGUACAGUGCAUAAUAAUAUAAGUUAUAUAAGUGUUUUAUGUCACUGUAAGUAUCAUAGAUGUGUAUGUAUUUGUUUUUUAUCGUAUUGUGCAGCUUCAUUUGUACAGUAAAUCAUGUUUUUUAUUUGACAUCUUUGGCCAUCCAUCACUGUCACAUUAUUUUACUCAUUUUACUGUGUGCCAAAAGUACUGUACUCAAAGGAUGUGAAUGUGCAUUGUUCGGUUUGUAACCUAUUAAAUAAGAUGUCUAAAACAAAGCAUACUGUUUAAAGCUGGUCUCCAGAUUCCAGAUUAGGGGCUAUAAAGUAGUUACACAUUCAACCUUUUUUGUUUGUUUAAGAAUAAAAGCAUAUUCUGCACUUGUACAGAAUGCUACAAGAGUUGUGUUUGAUUAUGUAAGUAAUUCAUUCUUUAUUUAUUUAUUUAUAAUAAAUCAUUAUUAUGAAUGCAUAUGAGUUAUGUACAGUCAGUCGGGCAUUAUUGAAAAAUGAACCCUGACAGGAUGAUAAGGAUCAUGCUGGGCCUCGUAUCAUCCCGUAGGGGUUUAUUUUGCAAUAGUGAGCAGGUGAUGCACAUUAUCCUACAUGGCUUUAAAU